AUGUCUUUUAAAGUAAGAAGUAGUAAGUUUCGUCAUGUGUACGGCACAGCUCUAAAACGUGAAUAUUGUUAUGACAAUAUUCGAGUAUCCAAAUCUUCGUGGGAUUCCACAUUCUGUGCAGUGAAUCCAAAAUUUGUGGCCUGUAUCGUUGAAUCAGCUGGUGGAGGUGCUUUUAUUGUUUUACCUCUUUCAAAGACUGGUCGAUUACCCGCCGAUCAACCUGUAGUUGGUGGUCAUAAAGGUCCAGUGUUAGACAUUUCAUGGUGUCCGCAUAAUGAUAAUGUAAUUGCUAGCGGUUCUGAAGAUUGUGUGGUAAAGGUUUGGCAAAUUCCCGACGGUGGAAUUUCACGGACAUUAACUGAGUCAGUAGUAGAUUUAAUUUAUCACCAAAGGAGAGUUGGCCUGGUUUUAUGGCACCCAACAGCUCGAAAUAUUUUGUUAUCUGCUGGAUCUGAUAAUCAAGUAGUAAUCUGGAAUGUUGGUGUUGGUGAACCACUUAUUCAUAUCGAUUGCCAUCCAGAUAUUGUAUUUAGUGCUUCAUGGAAUUUUGACGGAUCACAAUUAUUGACAACAUGUAAAGAUAAAAAGUUGAGGCUAAUUAAUCCUAGAAGUGGGGAAAUCGAGCAGGAAGUAAUAUGUCAUGAAGGUAGCAAAGCAUCCCGAGGUAUAUUUUUAAAAGGCGGCCUUAUAUUUACAACUGGUUUUAGUAAACUUUCUGAAAGACAGUAUUCAUUGAGAUCUCCUGAAAAACUAGACGAUCCUAUUGUUAUGGUUGAAUUAGAUACAAGCAAUGGAGUUAUGUUUCCUCUGUAUGAUCCUGAUACUAGUAUGAUUUACUUGUGUGGCAAGGGUGAUAGUGUUAUUCGAUAUUUUGAAAUUACUGCGGAGCAUCCAUUUGUCCAUUACAUUAAUACGUUCCAAACACCAGAUCCUCAACGAGGAAUUGGUAUGAUGCCGAAACGUGGUUGUGAUGUAUCAAUUUGUGAAAUAUCAAAGUUUUAUCGUUUAAAUAAUUCUGGACUCUGUCAAGCAAUCAGCAUGACCGUUCCAAGAAAGUCAGAGUUAUUUCAAGAAGAUUUAUACCCGGAUACUAUAGGAGAUAUUCCUGCAAUAGAUGCUGAAGAUUGGUUUAAUGGUCAAGAUGCUGAACCUAUCCUGAUAUCAUUAAAAGAUUAUCAUCAGCCAACACGAUUGCCUACUGCUUCUGAAAUGAAGGUUGCUAAAAAGCCAAAUAUAUUAGAUAAACCAUCAGCGAAUAAAACAGUCAAGUCCAGUCCAAACAAUACAACCUCAGCAGCACCACCUGUAGCUAAACCAUCAUUUAAUCAGCCACAGCAAUCAAUUCCAGAUGAUGUUGUGAAAGAAUUUAAAGAGGAAAUUCGGAAGUUAAAGGCAAUGAUCGUAAAACAUGAAAAUCGUAUUAGGGCUUUAGAAGCUCGAGCAGCUGAGGAUACUACUGAUACAGCCAAAGAUGGUGGCGAUUCUCUUGUUCUUAAAAAUAAUGACCAGAAUGAUGUGGAAACCAAAGAUAAUGAUACAGAACAUGUGGAUACUAAUGAAGACGAUGAUUAA